AUUAAAAAAUGAAACAAAUGGUGUUUGUGGUGUUGAGCUCAGUUUAGUGGAAUCGGUGGCCAAACAAGAGACUAAACACAGUAGUGGGCCAGGAUUUCCUGUUUUGUGACUGUGUGACUCUGAAAGUGUGUAGAAGAUCACACAUUGAUCUUUUUUACAUUGAUGUAGCAUUGCCAGACCAUGGUAAUUUAACUCUCAAUUUUGGUUCAGCAGAAUUUUGGUUGUAUUGUUAGUUGAGUCCAUUGUAUUGUAACUUGAAAAUAGUUACAUCUGGGGUAAAAAUUGCAAUUUACUGCCAAGUGUUGGUGAGAAUCAUACCUGAUAUUGGAGGACAUUACAAGGAUCAAGAUGGUGACAAUUCUACUCUUUAUGGCAUUAGCUCAUCAAAUGGUCAAAUCUUCAUUGGCUGCUGGUGAAGAGAUCAGGCUUGUCAAUGGCACUAGUCGCUGCUCUGGGACAGUGGAGAUUCUUUACGAGGGCCAGUGGGGAAGAGUGUGUGGCCAGAAGUGGGACGUCGACGAUGCCAAUGUAGUGUGUGGCCAGCUGGGCUGUGGGAGGGCUGUGAGUGUCCAAGGUAGUGUCCACUUAGGUCAGGGUAGUGGUGGCAGGCCCACUUGGCUGGAUGAUGUUGGGUGUAUUGGCAGUGAGAGCUCCCUCACAGAAUGCUCACAUGGAGGAUUGAAACACCAUGACUGUUUACAGUCUCAAGAUGCCAGAGUUGUCUGCUCAGUUAAACCUAAUAUCAGACUGGUCAAUGGGAGUGACCUCUGCUCUGGGAGGGUGGAGGUCUAUCAAAUUGGUCACUGGCGAACCGUGUGUAAUGACAUGUGGGAUUUGAAUGUCUCUGCUGUGGCGUGCAGACAGCUUGGCUGUGGGAGAGCUGUUAGUGCCCCAGAGAGGGCUUACUUUGGUCAGGGCAGUGGGCCCAUCUGGCAGGAUGAUGUUGGCUGCUCUGGCAGUGAGUGCUCCAUCACACAGUGCCCACACACAGGAGGAACACAUAACUGUAAUCAUGGUAACGACGCAGGUGUUAUUUGUUCAGGUGUUGUCUUGCAGAAGCCUUCACUCUCCUCAAACCAAUCACAUUCUGCCUUCUUAGAUGGAGAGGAGGUCCAACUCACCUGCACUCUUCCAUCCCGUAUCCUCUGUAAUGCUGUGGAGUUCAUCUUCUAUCUGAAUGGAGACUCUGUCAUGAAUGUGACCGUUGGAUCCUCACAGCCAAGGGCUACUUUAACAAAUUUUAAGAUGGAUGCUUCACACCAGGGCAGUUACCGCUGUCUCUACAGAACCCUCUCCAACAGCCAAGCCAUCAGCUCCCCUUACAGCAACGUUACUAAAGUGGUCCUGCUACAGCCCAACAUCUCUCUCAGUUCUCCAAAUGGAGGGAUGUUUUGGGAACCUCAGGGGCCAGUGGUGAUCAGGGGCCACUGCUUCUCCAUCACCUGCUCCAUUCAGCCACAGUAUCCUGGAGGCCUCUUCUAUCUGGACUUCUCUGGGUCCAACAGGACUGAAACUAAGCCAGCAGUCAACCACUCUGCCUCGUUCCACUUCCCUGUUGCAGAGAAUACAGACCAGGGGAAAUACAGCUGCAGCUAUGUAGUCAACGUCUCCACCCGGUCAUUCAGGUCGGCUAAUAGGGAACUAGCUGUCACCAUUAGAGCAUUCUUGGUCCCCAUCAUUGUCUCUGGAGGGACUGGUGGGGUAGCACUGCUGUUUCUACUUCUUCUAGUCAUCUGUCUAGUCAGCUGGAGGACAAGGAUGAACAGAAAGCCAUCUACAGAGACUGACCAGGGAGAAUGUAUUGACAACAGAGGGGAGGACAACGAAGAGGACUAUGUGAAUGUUGAAAACGUCUGUUACCAGAGAGGUCUGGAGGGAGUGAAGGGUGUAAAGAAGAAUGAGAAGGAAAAAGGGCACAGCUAUGGAAAAUCAGAGGAUGUCUAUGUCAACGGGGAGGGAAACACUCAAAGAAAUGGUGUUUGUGGGGGGUCUCAUGAGAAAAUGAACAGUGAAGAUGAUGAAGAUGAUUAUGUUAAUGUCUCUGCUUAGGACAAUGCUGUAGGCGUGUUAGUUGGGUAUAGCUUAAGGCCAAAAAUGUAAAAGUAGGCUACAAAAAAAGUUGACUAAAAUCAUUCAAAUCCGCCAUUAAAAUGCAACAGCUGUUUAGUGUAUCUAUUGGCUGGCUUUAGGACUGUGCAGCAAUUAGCUCGGAGGGAAGCUGCCAACAUGUGUGCCUUUCUCUCAGCGUUGAGCAGAGACAGUACCCAACAGCUUGCUUGAGGUCAGCUAUUUAGGCAGUUCGCCGAUUGCUUUGAAUUUGAUGUCGGCAUUUGAACUCGGCCUUGUAAGUCUCACAGCCAGUUUUAUGCACCGGCUACUUAUACAUUGGUGUCGGCAUAGGCAGUGCAUCCAAUAGGCUAGGGGAAGAUAAGCUUCCCCUAAUGUAAAUAGAAUGACAUUUCCAAAAUUAGCUAUUUAAUUAAUUGUGCCUUAAACAGAAAUAAAUAACAUCAUUACAAAUACUACACCAGAGAAUAUGAUUUGUGUCACGUUCGCUAUCUUCAAACUCCCGAUCACAAAUAAACCAAGGCGCAGCGUGCAUGGAAUUCCACAUCUUUUAAUGAAAAUGAAACUCACCAAAACAA